AUGGAAAAUAAAACAAAGUUCUUACAACAUAAAAAUGACGUAACACAUGUAAAAUCUCCCCAAAUUACGACCAAUAAGAAUAAACAAAAUAACAAUGAUAGAUUGAUACAUAAAAAUGGACAAGAAAAUAUGCCUAAUAUGGGUGGCAUAUAUGAUAAAAAAAAAUCUAAAAAAAUACAACCCAAAAAAUAUGGAAAUAAUUUAAGUAAUAUAAAAAAUAAAACUAGCGAAGAUUUGUAUAGCCAAAACAAUAAAUCAAAAUAUGAUUUUAUAAAUUAUUUAAAUAAUAUUAAAAGUAAUUUCUCCAUUAUAAAUUAUUUUAAAAUGUUAGUUAAUGUAUCUAUUUAUAAUUAUAUACCUUUUAAUUUCCGAAAUAUAUCAAAUGAUGCUUAUGUGUGUGGAAAUUCUUUUAUCCUCAAAGAUCCAAAUUCUUUAAAAUUAUUUUUAAUUCUGUGCAAAUCAAAAAUAUUGUUUACAUAUAGAUCGAACUUCCUCAUAAAAAUUAGUGAUAGCAAGACGCUAGUUAGUAGUAGUAAUAGUGAUAAUGCUAAUUUUUGUGUCAGUACCAAUAUGAAGAAUAGUAAUAAUUUUCUAGAAAUAAAUAAAGUUGUAGAAAGUAUUAAGAGUAGUACAUCCUUUGAUGAUGUCCCUACUUUUAGGGAUACUAAUAUUAUUCAUUCUGUAAGUAAAAAUUUUGAUAAUGAAAAAAUUAAUAUCCUAACUUCCGCCAAUAAUAAUGAUAAGCAUAUUAAUCCAUCUACUGAUAAUGAUAUUAUUAUUAGGAAUGAUUUAAAUAUCUCUUCUAUAAAUAAAUGUUAUCAUUAUAAUAAUAUAAAUAAUGACAAAGAGGAAAAUAAAAAAGGAUUUAAAAAAAACAGAGGGACAAAAAUCAAGGGAAAAUACUACAAAAAUAGAGUUAUAAAUUUUACAGAUAUACCAGAACAUUUUUUAAAUAAAAUAUAUUAUGAUAAAAAAAAAUACUUGUAUAUAAAUUGUGAAAAUAUAUCAAGUUUUAGCCCUAAAUAUAUUUUUAAUAAAAAAAAACAUGUACAUAUGAAUAAAGACAACUAUUCAUGUAACAAAAAUGAUUUCAGUGACAAUCUUAUAGAAAACAAAACCAGCGCAGAUAUACAUCUUAACAAUGUGAAUGAUAGCCAAGAAACAAUUUUAUAUAUAAAGGAUAAUUUUGAAAAUGAAAAAAGUAAUUUUUCAUCUUUAAGUCAUAAUAGUGUCGAAAAUGAUAAUUCUGUAGAUACUGAACAGUUUAUCACUAGAAGCAAUGAUAAACUUAUUUCCAGUGAAAACAAUAAUCUAAAUAAUUUGGAAAAUAAUGAUUUAAAAAUGUAUAAAGAUACCUCAGAAGAGUUUAUAAGUAAAGUGAACAAGCCCAUCAAUAAUGCAAAUAUAAUGGACUAUUAUAAUGAUAGUAAUAGUGAUGGACAAAAGAAACACGAAAAGUUGUUCAAAAAUGAACUAUAUACAAUAAAAAAAAAAUUGAGUACUAAUAAUACUAUAAAUAGUAAAAUUAAAAACAAAUAUAGGCACUUUUUUAAAUUAAAAAAAAAACGAAAAAAAAAAAAAACAGAUGAUACUAUAUCUAUUUAUAUGAGCGAUAAAGGGUGGGGGUGUAUGAUUAGAGUAGUUCAGAUGGUAUUAGUUAAUAUAUUUGUCAAAUAUACAAUAUCCGAAGAUUUUAUGUUUUUUCAUAAUUUAAAUGAUUAUAUAUUUUAUAAAAAUUCCCUUAACAAUUUAAACACGGAAAAAUUGUUACAUGAAAAAAGUGAAGAAAAAAUAACGAAAUAUCAUACUGAGAAAAUUAAAUUGAACAAACUUAAAGAAGAUAAAACCUAUGAAAUUUACUGUUUAAAAAAAGUGUCCAAAUCAAAUAUAUCGCAUGAAAACGAUAAUUGUUCAAUAUUAAGUAAAAAUAGUAACCACACAUUAAAUGGAAAUAUAAAAACCAUGCAUCAACAAGAUCAACACAAUUAUAAAUAUAAUGAUAUAUCUUUACUUGGAUUAAAAAAUCGAAUUCUCAGUGACAAUAAUAAUAGCACAAGCAGUAAUAAUACAAACAUAUCCCAUUAUUUUAAAUGUUAUAAAACUUAUAGAGAUUUUUUAAUGAACAGUGAAAAUAAUAUUCAGGAUAUGAAUAAGAACAACUAUUUGAUAUUUCCUAUAUUAUCAAAAUUCCGAGAUACUGAAAAUGCAAAAUAUUCAAUACAGAACAUUAUAUAUGAAGCAAUGAAAUAUAAAAAAAUUCAUAAAGAAAGUAUAGAAAAAUUUGUGUAUGAAUGGUUUGGACCUACUAAUAGUGCAAUUAUUAUAUCUAAUCUAAUUAAUAAAAAAAAAGUGUGUUUUCUUAGAAAAAAAAGAAAAAAUACAAUAAUCGAUAAGCAUGUAGAUAAACAAAAUAUUAUCGAUAGAUAUAAGAAUAACACUAAGUGUAUAUUUGUAAAAAAAAAAUACCGAAAUGCAUUUUUUUCUAUAGCUUUUGAAACAGGAGUAAUAUAUAAUAAUCGUGUUUUAAAAUUUUUUCAAAUAAAGCAAAAAGUAUUUGUAAUUAUAUGGGUAUGCUUAAAAUUAGGAAUUGAUUCAAAAAGUAUUUUGAAAUAUAAGCAAUCAAUAUUAUCUUGUUUUCGUUUAAAACAAUUUCAAGGAAUAAGUGGAGGGAACACUUAUACUAGUGCUUAUUAUUUUUAUUCAGCAAAUGACAAUGGUCUUUUUUAUAUAGACCCUCAUAUAAAGUGUCAGAAAGCCUUUACAGAUUUAAAUACAAAUAUAAGUUCAGAAUUUUUUAUGCAUCGAAUAAAGCUAUUACCAUGGGAGCAUUUGAAUUCAUCAAUGUCAUUAGUCUAUGUAGUUAAUUCUAAAGAUGAUUAUUUUGAUUUAAUUCACAAUUUAAAAUUGAUUGACCCCAAUAUAUUUGAAGUUUAUGAAGAAGAACCGAAAUAUACUUUUAAAGGAGAAUUAAAUGUUGAUAGUGAUAACUCAGAAUUGAUUUUAUUGUAA